UUGCCCCUCCCCCUCCUUUAAAGGCAUAGAAAUUCGUUUAGCACAGCGGUGAGACCGUGGUAGUUGGCGGUUUGACUUCCAAAGUGAAGAUUUCACCUGGGCAGUCUUCCAUAAGAUCUGAAAAAGACACAUUUUGGGUAGGACUUCUGCCAAAGUGAUGGAACCACUUCUGGGUAUUGUGUUUUCCUCUGUUUUUAUUGGUAAGAUAAAAGGAACAGCAAGAGAUCGUGUGAAGUUCACUACAAAAAACAUUCAGAUUCCGUUUCAAGUGGCCUCGGGUAAGAAUGUUUCCUUAUCCGUGGAUACCAUGCAUUUAAAGAAAUUUGGAUUGUGGAAAAAUAAGAACCAUCCUCACUGCAAAACUAAUAACACUGUCAUUUUCCUCUGCACAACUUCGGACUAUGUAAAAGAAAUUGAAAUCCAACUUGGCUAUAAUGUUUUAAGUCGGCCAUCCAAAUCCAAUGAAUUCAUUUUCCUUGAGUUACAGAAACCAAUUUCAUGGAGAGAAGAAGUUAAGUUUAAAGAAUUGAUGGCAGAAGUGAAGAAGAAGAACAAAUCAGUAGCUCUCCUUGAGCCAUUAUUUUGGAAUGAGGCUCUCCCUCUUCAGCAUUUCGUAUUAGAAGAAUGUUCCUUUCUGUACUAUCUUUAUUGCUCAUUUCAGCUAGAGCAGCAACAGAAAGCGAACAAGGUCCUGGUGAAGAAUGAACCCCUGCCUCAGGUUACGCUUCCAGGAAGCCAACAGGGCACUCCAGGAAGGAGGGAGGAUGACGUGUCCAAAUCCGGAGGAGGUUAAAAGAAUCCCUCAGACCCCAAGGACACUUCAGGAGAUGCCGAGAGCCACAAGAAAAAAAUAAAUCCACUGACUGUGGAAAAUGAAGUCAUCAUGAACCAUUUGCAUCUGCCAUUGUUCACUGAGCUUGUAGAGAUAGAAAAGCAAUGAGAUUUAGUAAGUCUUAGACUACCUGAAGGGAAAAGGAAAUCUGAAACGAAGAUUGGCAGAGCAAAUUUCUUCCCUUGAAAGGACCAAUAUAGAUGGAGACUAUUUACUUAAUAUAAUUGCUGUUGGAAGUUUUAGUUCUUAAGCCACAUGUUCCUUCUUCUAAGGUACCUCUUACUUAUAGAGAACCCAGGUCCUGAGCUUCCACCGCCAUACAGAAAUGUACAGUCCCAUAUGUUUGUGAGUUCACUGAAGCUGAUGAGCAGCAGCUCAUCACAUGUGAAAAACUAAUUGGAUAGUUGGAGGAAGGGUAUUGUAACCAGCCUGGGGAUUCUUUUCUUUCUUUAGUGACUAUGUUUCCAAGGGAUGCCAGUUUCUUUCAACUGGUCUCUUUGGUUCCUGUCCACUUUGGAUUACUCAAGGGGAAAAUUCUCAAAUUGAUAGUUGGGACCAUGGCAUCUCUCAUGGAAGAGAUUUGGAGAUAGCACCAGGCAGCAACAAACCCUGGGCUCUCUGGAUAGAUUCCUUCCCACAUCUCUGCCUCCAACUGCAAAAAGCGAAAGUACUACCAGGCAGAAAUUGAAGAAUACACAGAGGUUCAUGAAUAUUUGGUUUGAAUUUUAUUCUACAUGUUAACAAAUAGAGUUGGUGCCUUGCAUAAUUAA